AUGGAUGGUGGUACCUCUAGCCCAGGACCCAGUCCUUCUGGCAGGGUUUCCCAGGACUCUGGAGUUGGCAUUGAUGACAUGCUCAUAAUGAUCACUUCCUGGGAACAAAGUUCAAGGAAAAAGGAGAAAUCCGGUGUUAAACCUCAGUUGGCUGAGACAUGGAAGCAGCACUUUCUGUGAGGAUCAUCACUCUCAGAUGUUUUGGCCUUCUUCAUUGGCAUCUGCACUGCUUUUCCAUCCAUGAGAUCAUUUUGCCUCUAUAGAGGCACUGCUUUUGUUGUCUGCUAUAUAUACACAUUCUUUGGGGCAAUUAUUGUAUUAAAUUAUAAAAGGAAGCAAGGAACGCACUGGCUAAAUUGUAUGCCUGUGGGAGUAGGUAAAGGUCAGGCUCAGAAGACCUGCUUGUACAAUGCUUGCUGUAUAGGCAACUGUUCUAGGCAGUCAUCUCAGCCAGAAAGUGAACAUCCAGUGAGCAUAUUCUUUAAAAAGUAUUAUGGUCCUUUUGUUUUUACAAAUGAAUGGAUCAAGCUACUUGUAGUGUUGCUGUACACAGCAUAUUUGGCUGGCAGUAUUGAUGGAUGUACUCAGAUGAGGGAAUGCAUUGAUCUUCAAAAUCUGGCGAGUGAUGGCUCUUACAUUAUUUCAUACUAUUGCAAUGAUGACAAAUACGUCUCAGCAUAUAGACCCAGGGUCAUGGUCAUUACUGAAAGUGUAGAUUACUGGAAUGAUGCUGUGUGUCUUGGCAUGGAGAACUGCACGCAGAAUUUAGAGGACAUUUCCUAUGUAGAUAAGAACCUCUCAGAGUCAUGGCUGAGAGUAUAUACAAGACUUGCCAAAAGUGGUUUGUUAAGUAUUAGCAGUAAGAUUCUUUUCAUUAGUAACUUACCUAGACUGUUCCAAAUUGUUCCCAGUUUUGACUGGGGCAUUAACAAGACUCCGGAUAAAAUAGAAGCUUCACGUUUCUUCAUCCAGAUGGUGAACACUACUUCAGCCAUCGAUGAGAAGAAUUUUAGAAUGUCCUGA